AUGUCUCCCUCAGCAACAGCCGACACCACGGCGUCACCGACGGCGCCAGCGCCAGCGCCUCGGGACCUGUCUCACCACUUCUCAGCCGUUACAAAUAACCGAGCUCCUAGUCAGAUCAAGGCCUUUUACAAGUUCGCUAAGAUCCCGGGGAUCAGCAACUUUUCUGGUGGAAUGCCAAAUGUGAAAUACUUUCCUUAUGAUACUCUCGAAGCCCGAGUCUCCAAGGCCGACCGAUGGACGCCAUCGUCCAACAACCCUCUGGCAGAGACAAGCAAGCAGGCCUCGUAUAGCACUAAUGCCGGUGGCGUGGCCGCGGGCGCCGGUGGCCUGCUGCCAGAUCCCGACUUCAGCGCAACGUCGGCGCACAUCACGAUCCCCAAGGUCCUCAACCAGCCUGACCCAAGCCUCAAGCUCGAUCUGUCAACGGCCCUCCAAUACGGCCUCUCCCAGGGCUAUCCACCACUGUACUCCUUCGUCCGCCAAUUCACCCGUGAUGUCCUCCACCCCAACGUGCCGUACAAGGGCGGCGCUGAGAUCAUCAUGACCAACGGCUCCACGGAUGGCUUCUCCAAGGUGCUUGAUCUCAUUAUCGACCCAUGGUAUGAGGGUGUCCACCCCGUUGCCGAUCGCCCUAGCUUUUUGUGCGAGACCUUCGUCUUCGGGAACAUCCUCUCGCAGGCCAAGCCGCACGGCCUCCAGGUCGUCCCCGUCGAGUUGGAUGGGCAGGGCAUGCUGGCGGAGGGCCCCGGUGGCUUGCGGGAGGUGCUCGAGAACUGGGAUCCCAAGAAUGGCCGGCGACCGUCGUUCAUUUAUACCGUGACGAUGGGACACAACCCCACGAGCGGCAUCCAGUCCUUGCACCGGCGGAAGGAGAUCUACAAGCUUGCCAGCGAGUAUGAUCUCCUCAUCGUAGAGGAUGAGCCGUACUGGUACCUGCAAUUCCCCGCUGCUCGCUUCGAGGAGGCCAAGGCCAGAGGCCUCGAGCUCUCCCAGAGCGAGGAGCCAUAUCCGUUCGCGAAGAAGUCGGGCUUCGAGUUCAUUGACUCCCUCAUCCCCUCAUACCUAAACAUUGACAUCGAUGGCCGGGUUAUCCGGCUGGAUACCUUCUCCAAGACAGUCGCGCCCGGCUGCCGACUCGGCUGGAUCACCGCCCAACCGGCCAUCAUUGAGCGCUUUGAAAGAAUUACCGAAGCCACUACGCAGCAGCCAUCUGGAUUCGUGCAGUCCAUGAUCGCUGAGCUGAUCCGAGGCCCCCAACCCGCCGAGACCGUUGCCGCCUUCAACGCUCUCUCAAUCCACGACAAGGCUACCUUUGGCGGCUGGAAGCUUGACGGCUGGGUCCGGUGGCUCGCCGGUCUCCGUGGCGAGUACGAGCGCCGUAUGGUCCUGAUGUGCUCCAUCCUUGAAGAGAAUACCUACCAGCUCAAGCAGUCCACACCCAUCCGCCAGACCGACUCCGAAUGGGGCGUCAUCACCAAGACGCAGAUCCUGUCUUUCGACUGGGCCCGCGGCGGCAUGUUCGUCUGGGCGCGCAUCCACUUCGAGAACCACCCGCUCUUCGAGGCCAAGGGCGUGGAUAUCCCCAUAAUUGACGGCGCGACGCUCGCCUCUGCAUACUUGAUCUUCACCACUCACGCACCCAACCUGGUUCUCGGGUCCCCAGGCGCCAUCUUCAGCGCCACGCCCCAAAUCCGGGAUGAGCGAGGCUGGAGUUAUGUGCGCUUGUGUUUCGCGGCCGAGAGCGACGAGAACAUCGAGGCCGGUUCCCGAAGAUAUGCCAACGCUCUACAAAAGUUCUGGAGGAUUAAGGAGGUUGCCGAAAUCGAGAAGCUUGUCAAGGAGCUGUCUAUUACUUUAGCAUAG